AUGGAUCAUUCCGAUCAACUCAUAUCACCACGAACAGCGGUGCAUAUUACAGAUGAAGAGCAUACGUUAAUUCUAAUGCUGCGAACAAUGCCUUUAGACAAAAUAAUAUAUGUAAUGAUGCUAAACAACUUUUUACCAAUGGAAUUACCGAAAAAAUAUGACCAUAUUGCUAAUAUCAUUAAUUUACAUUUUAAAAACUCAUAUGAAAUUCAUAAAUUAAGAGCAAUAAUCGAAUUUAUCUUUAUAAAAACAAGAUUCAGUCAAAUGUUCCAGCAACAUGAUCUAGAUGAAAUGAUUGAUAAAUAUCAGAAAAAUAGAAUUGCUGAGUCUGAUGGUGUAUAUGAGCUGUACUUGUGA